CACGCGUGAGACUGAAAAGACUCCCUGCCAAUGCAAUUACUUAUUACUGUUUGAGCCCCAUUUAUACCCCCACUUCUUCCUUCCCUUUCUCCAUUAUCAGUUGUAAAAAAGCCCUAACUAUCUAUAGAUCCAUCUCCAUGAAUAUUCUAAAGGCUGCUUCUUUCUAUAAUUUUCUACAGCUUAAGUUGAGAUUAAUAGAAAAGUAAACCUCCACCUUCUUCUUUUUCUUCUGUAAUUUCUUCUGUACUUCUUCUUUUUUUGUGAUUUUGAGCUUGAAUUCCAUAGCCAUUGUAGCUAUGUCGGAAGGAGCAGAAAGUUCCCAUAAAGGAUUGGGUAUCUGUUUUUGUGGUUUUAAUGCGAAAUUGAGAAUUUCAUGGUCUCCUAGAAAUUCAGGUCGACGGUUUUAUGGUUAUAAAUUUGACAAAGAUCGAGGUGCUUGCGAGUACUUUAGAUGGUAUGACGAAGAUUUUUCCGAUCAAGCGAAGAGGACUAUUAAUGGUUUACUGAAAAGGGUCAAAGAAAAUGAUGCAAAAUUGGCUCGGGCAAGAAAGAAAUGGAUUUUUGUGUUUGUAGUUGUGUUCAUCGCAUGGAAUUGUUUGGUUGUUCCUUUCAUUUUGUUGAACAUGGUAGUGUGAAUGUUAGUUUUUGGUUGGAUUUUAUGUACUGAUUAUGGGAAUAUUUUAAGAAGUGGAUUGUGAUCAACUCAGUCGGAACA